AUGUCGACAUUUUUGCUUCCAUUAGAGAUUUGUGAGAACCUCGCUAGUGCCAUUGCACAAUUUUGGUGGAGUUCGAAUCCCCCAAAAAGAGGCAUACACUGGGCGAAAUGGGAAAAUGUGUGUUUACCAAAAGAGGAAGGAGGAAUUGGGUUCAGAUUGAUUCACGAGUUCAAUUUAGCAUUACUGGCAAAAAAAUUAUGGAGAUUGAUACAGUACCCUGAUUCACUCGUUGCCAGAGUGUUGAAGGGUAGAUAUUAUAGGAUGACCUCGCCAUUGCGAGCAGUCUCUUCAAGCAGUCCAUCAUAUGUGUGGACAAGCAUCUCCGCCUCACGGAAACUACUAUUCCUGGGGAUCAAACAGAAGAUUCAUUCUGGCUAUGAAGUUAGGGUGUGGGAGGAUCCAUGGAUCCCAACAAGACCUGCUAGACCAGCUAUACCUGUAGCGCCUGUGAUGAACCCGAACAUGAGAGUUAGUGAUCUCAUUAACCAGGACUCGAAGGAAUGGGAGGAAGGGACGUUAGAGAACUAUGUCCAUCCUGGUGAUAUACCACUUAUUCGCAGUAUGGCCAUAAGCUCUACUCAUCGUCAAGAUUCUUUCUGCUGGGAAUACACGAGGAAUGGACAAUACACAGUUAAGUCUGGAUAUUGA